GCGGCGGCGGCGGGAUGAAUGGCAGGGGGAAUGCUGGCUGACGGAGGAGGAGGAGGGCAGGCUGGGCAGAUGCAGCACCCGGACUCGGCGCCCCCCAAGGUGGCGCUGCUUCUACUGCGUUUCUCGAGAAGGAAAGUGCCGGGCCGCCGGCUCUCCAACGCGCUUCCUGGAAGUCCUCUUGUAUCUGCGUCCCCCCCCCCCCCGCCCUGCAUCUGACCCAUCGCCCUGCCUUGUGCUGGUGUCAAGGGGAUGUCGGGCUGUGGGUCCUCAGAGGCCCCCGGCGCUCUUGCUUGACCCUCCUCCCCAGGGCGCUUGAAGUCCCGCUUGAGUCUUGGGACGAAUGGAGCCCGGGGACAGGGGAGGGCUCUCGGCCAGUGAUGAUGACACGACUCUUAGCACUCACACGCGAGCCUCUUUGCUCUUUACUGCGCCAGACGAGAAGAAGAAAUGAAAUCCUUUCCUCUGACACGAUGAUGGAAGCCUUUUCAAAUAUCCGCCUCCCGCUGCGGAGUAUGCUGCUAUUCCGAGAUGAGGAGCCUCUCUCCUCGUGCAUUCGGGAAUAUCUUAUAGGAUAAUUGGAUCAAAAGAUUUCUGCAUCAUUAUUUAGUUUGUUUGUUCGUUUAUUGUGCUCUUCCUCCAAGGAAACCAGAGAGGUGUGCAUGGCUAUGUCUGUCACAAUAGUCCUGUGAGGAUUUCUUUGGUGUCAGCAUGAUUGUCCCUUUAUUAAGCCUUCAUAUCAAGUCUAUAGGAGCAAGCCCAACGGUUGCGGGAGUGCUAGGAUCUUUAUAUGGUGUGCUGCAGCUCUUUUCGAGUACUUUAGUGGGUUCUUGGAGUGAUGUAGUAGGAAGUCGUUACUGUCUACUUACCUGCAUUCUCUUUAGUGCAUUGGGUUAUCUUGUUCUUGGCAUGUCCACCAAUGUGUUUUUAUUUGCUGUUUCCCGGACCAUUGUGGGAAUUUUCAAACACACACACUCUGUUUCUAAAGUUCUCAUUUCGGACUUGGUUUCUGAGAGGGAGCGCCUUCUAGUGAUCGGACAUUUCAAUGCAGCCUCAAGUGUUGGUUUCAUCCUGGGACCCAUGGUUGGAGGCUAUCUCACUGAGCUCGAGGGUGGCCUUUACCUGACAGCCUUCAUCUGUGCUUCCAUCUUCAUCCUGAAUGCUGGCCUUUGCUGGAUGCUGCUAUGGUAUGAAGAAAAGACCCAUGGAAAGGAAUGUAUCACUGGUAGCAAAACAAAAGACAGUCUCUCAUCAGAAGCAAAACACAACCUGCAAAUUGAAUCAGCAUCUCAUGGAGCUAUAAAGUGCAGUACUCCUAGACCCUGUUGGACUCAAGCUAUAUCUGUGCUGAAAAGGCUCAGUGGAGUUGCUAGUUCUGACAUCUGGGAUAUUUUUCUGGUGCGACUACUGAUGUCUGUGGCAGUGAUGCUGUACCAUAGCAAUUUUGUCUUGGCUCUUGAAGAGAGAUUUGGAGUGAAACCCAGACUUACUGGCUACCUCAUAAGCUACAGCAGCACCCUUGGAGUAGCUGCUGGCUUUCUGCUUGGACCAAUCACAAGACUCUAUCACCAUAAUACCUAUGCCAUUUUACUACGAUCCACUCUCGUCACCUGUGUGUUCCUUUUGCUGUACUCUUUAUCAGUAAGUAUGUGGACUGUGAUCUUAUCUUCCACGCUUCUAGCAUUUUCAACCACUGUAGGACGUACUUGUAUUACAGACCUUGAGCUCACCUUGGGUGGGAACCAGGCCAGUGGCAUGCUCAUUGGUGUUGGUCAGUCUGUGUCAGCUGUGGGUCGCAUAGUUGCCCCUCUUCUCUCAGGUAUUGCCCAGGAAUUUAGCCCUUGUGGGCCCCCCAGUCUUGGAGUUCUGUUGGGAUUUGCGGCUGUUCUGAUCAUGAUCUUCAAUCAAUCACGAUACUGUGGUGGCAGCAGCCCCAAAUUGAAAAGCACAUAGUGGGCUGUUUGGAACACUGUUACUUAAAAUUAAAGACAGAACAACGGAGAGAAAUUUAGGGUUUUGUAUCAAGAAUGGUAAGUGUUUGAGCAAACUGUGCUUGAGUUAUAGGAAGUGUUGGAAACUAAUGGUACACAGUCAAAGAACAAGAGGCUGGAUGCAUCUUCCAGGUUUUUUCGUAGGCCUGUCCACUAAACAGUGUUAAAUCGCAACUGGUGGAAGGUGACAUAGCAGAUUGUAGUGCAAAAACACAGCUUCAGCAUUACAUCUGUUCAAAUAAUGUGAAACGAGGAGAUGGAAAUACUUGAAAAGCAAGUGUGAUAAUCGGAUUAGAUUGUCUCCACAUAUCUGGUACUUCAAAUGACUGCAUGUCAUUGCAGUGGUUUACAGUAUCUGAUAAAGCAUCUGAUAUACUGGAGAAUGAUAGGUUGGUGGUCCAGUUGGAUCUCAAAAUGUGAGACAGUUCUCUGAAAGGAGAUAGGCAGAUCCCAGAAAAGACAAGGCUCUUACAGUGUUGCAGUUCUGAAAGUGGGAUGAGUCUCUGGUUAUAAUGCAGCCCACAUCUGUGUGUUCUUGCUAGCAGCUUUAGAUCCUUGCUUUAGAAUCAUUGCAGCACUGGAGGAAAAACACUUAAGUCUGAAUGUGCUUGAAACUUGUAAUGGUAUUGCUGCUCAGGCAUUUACAAAGCAAGAGCCAAGAAGCCCAUGGUGAGUGUUUAAAAGUUGAACUUCUCUUUUUCAAUAGCUAUAUGAAGUUCUGGCCAAGAUAUUUCUCUCUCUCUCUCUGAUGGUGUGCACAAGUUCUGUCCUCAAGCAGGUAUCCUUUGUACCUGUCAGAGGAGGCUGGGAGAACUGUCCUUUGCAACAGAAGAAUUUGGAAGGUUUGGGCUGUGCCACUUCUUACAAAACAAAACAAAUGAACUCUACUCUCAUCCAUUAAAUAAAUAAAUAAAAGUGUAUGCACAGAUAUGUCCCAAUGCUGGGCAUCCCCUCCAUUUCACUCAUACCAAAGAUCAGCUGCUUGAAAUAAAAACAUGUUUAAUGAAUGGCUACUGGAAUGCAGUGAAAUUUCAUUAAAGUUUGCUGUUUAGUUUAAAAAAAAAAAGCACUAGCAGACCUGAAUAUAACCUACAAAGCUCAACACAAUGACACAACAGCCUAUUGUUAUAGCCUAUAAGUACAUAACAGCCCUGCUACCUUUACAGUUUGAGGCAAGCACAAAAACACUAAAUUUGGUGAGGGUCACAAGUUGUGCAGGCUGUAAAUACAAAGAAAAUGAACCUUGUGUAAAAUGAAUGUAUUCACCAAACACACAAGACAGAAAUAAGUGACUGAAGAGUCCUAUAACCGGUCUGAGUGGAGGCUGCAAGUCUAAGCACCUUUACUUCCAAGUAAGCACCCUUGACUUAGAUCAGGCUUUGGGCCUAAACACAGAUUGCAUUUUUUCCUUCAGGAAAAGUCACUUUGGGGGGGAUGAUUUGGAGAAGACGCUCAUUGUUUUUCUUGCCCAUUGCUUCUGUGCUCUGGAUGGAAUAUGCUUCCCCCCCUGUGGAAUUCUGGCCAUGUGUUUUGCAUUGCAAACUUGUUGGAACUUGGGAGUGCAUUGGAGCAAAGAAGCAAUGGUUAAACCUUGUCCCCAGUCAUUCUCCUCCACAUUUCCCCCUCCCAGUGUCUUUUUUCCCCAAGAAAAGGGGCCUGUCAGAGUUCAGUUCCAUAUAUAUUGUGCAAAAAUAUAGUUAGGUCUUGUUUUCCAUGGUUAAAAUCAGAGUGCAAGGUAGGUACAGCCUGACCUUAUGCACGUGUGUUUUGUUUGUUUUUGUUUUGCAAGUAAAUCCUACAGAACUCCAUACUACUUCUUCCCAAGUGAAUAUGCAGAGCUUGGCAGUUAUAAAACCAGAUGCCUCGUUCACUUGCUCACAACCCAAGACACUGAAACUACAGUUCUUUAUAAACUUUACAAAUCCCGAAAAUAUACGUUGUCUAAUGUAGCAGAAUAAAAAAUGGAGGUUUUUUUCUUUAUUUAUCUGUGGAGUAUUUGGGACAAAGGAGGCCUGUAACAUAUGUCCUCUCAGGGAUGCAUUGUGUUUUGUUUUUGAAGACGUUUGAAAUAACUUUGAUUUGUUCUUUAUAAAGUUACUUCUCUUAAAA